AUUCAUUUUGCUUCACACAGAGGAGGGAGGUCAAGUAUAAGAAUAGUCAAAAGUGCAGGUAUUUAAAAAACAAUGGUUAGUGAAGAUGAAUGUGCUGACCACACAAUGUCUGGAGAAGCGAAAGACUCAGAGGAGAGGCCAAAAUGGGACAAUAAGGUUCAGUACUUGCUGACUUGUAUCGGAUUUGCUGUGGGUCUCGGUAACGUCUGGAGAUUCCCAUAUUUGUGCCAAGUGUAUGGUGGAGGGGCCUUUCUCAUCCCUUAUGCCAUUGCUCUGGUGUUUGAAGGGCUCCCUCUGUUGUACUUAGAACUGGCCAUUGGCCAGCGGCUCCGAGCAGGAAGUGUUGGAGUGUGGACCUCCAUUUCACCGUAUAUGGGAGGUUUAGGUGUGGCUUCCUUAUUUGUAUCAUUUCUGGUGGGCCUUUUUUACAACAUGAUUCUUGCCUGGAUCCUCUGGUACUUUUUCCAUUCAUUCCAAAGUCCUCUUCCUUGGACUGAUUGCCCAUUGAACAGCAACCACACAGGCUAUAUACCAGCGUGUGAGGACAGCACUCCAGUGAACUACUUCUGGUACCGGGAGACACUGAACAUCUCAGCUAACAUUGAGACAAGUGGCGGUUUGCAGUGGUGGUUAGUGCUGUGUUUGGCCUCAGCUUGGUGCCUGGUCUACAUCUGCUUCAUCAGAGGAAUCGAAACCAUUGGAAAGGCCAUUUAUGUCACAGUCACAUUCCCGUACCUCGUGUUAACCAUUUUCUUAAUUGAAGCUUUAACUCUACCAGGGGCUGAUGAUGGCCUAGUAUACCUCUUCACUCCAAAUUGGGAAACAUUGAAAAAUCCUCAAGUCUGGCUGGAUGCUGCUACCCAAAUAUUUUUUUCACUCUCUUUGGCUUUUGGAGGACUUAUUGCUUUUUCCAGCUAUAAUCCACAAAAGAACAACUGUGAAAGCGAUGCCUUGAUAGUUGGAUGCGUCAACAGCUUUACUUCUUUAUAUGCCUCAAUUCCAAUUUUUGCAAUUCUUGGAUUUUUGGCAAAUGAAAAUUAUAUUGACUGUCAAAACAGUAACAUACUCACACUGACCAAUGCCUUUAAUAUUGGGGAUGAAAACAUAACUCGACAAAACUAUGAAGAAUGGUUUGAACAUUUAAACUUCAGUGAUCCCUCUAAGGUGGAAAGCCUCCAAUUGAAAACCUGCGACUUACAAACUUUUCUUGAUCAGAGUGCAUCGGGGACUGGACUAGCCUUUAUAGUGUUCACUGAAGCGGUGAUCAAAAUGCCAGGGUCCCAGGUCUGGUCCGUGCUGUUCUUCGUGAUGCUGUUUAUGCUCGGCCUCUCUUCCAUGUUUGGGAAUCUAGAGGGGGUCCUCACGCCUUUGCUGGACCUUCAAGUGAUACCAUCUUGGAUUCCAAAGGAGCUUUUAACGGGCUUAAUUUGUCUCACCUCGUUUGGUGUGGGACUAAUAUUCACCUUAGGAUCUGGAAAUUACUGGCUGGAGAUUUUCAACAGCUACGUGGGAUCACUGCCGCUGCUCAUUAUAGCCUUCUUUGAGAUUAUUAGUGUGGUCUAUAUCUAUGGCAUAAAAAGGUUUAUUGAAGACAUUGAGUGGAUGACAGGCAAAAGACCAAACCUUUUUUGGCGGAUCAACUGGUGCGUCAUUAGCCCCCUUAUGCUUCUAAUUGUUUUUCUGGCAUAUGUUUUUGUGGAAUCAGAAACUACAGUCACAUAUCAAGUCUGGAAUCCAGAUUAUGUUCACUUCCCCAUGGCUGAUGUUCUUCACUAUCCAGAAUGGGUUGCAGCUAUUUGCAUACUCCUUUCUGUGUUCCCUGUUUUGUCGAUUCCUCUUGUGGCUCUGUAUAACUUUAUUAUUUAUCUGAAGACGUACAUUCAAAACAGACAACAUUAAAACUGUUCUGAAUUAUUUUUGGGGAGGAUUUUAUAGACAUAUCUAAUGCACUGCCAUGUAACAUGCCACCUGACAAACGGCACUGAAUGUAUGUAAUUUUUACUCCAGUGUAUCAGAAAAAUAAAUAUAGA